CAUCAGUCGCGAGGUGGAGAGCAGUCGCUUGACCCCCGACAUUUGACCUCUUAUCAAGUCGUUCUCACGAGUUUGAUAACUAACUACAUUCUGCGUACUCUAUUCUCGACUGUAGGCGGUGGUGGUGACGUGGGUUUAGUACGUCUUAAGCCCAAAUAAAAUGGGCAAUCUGAGAAUUUUAGUGUGGCUGGGCCUAGUGUCCGCGGCACUGGCCUGCGAGCUAAAUCCAGGUCCUGGAGUAGGUUCAAAGUCACCUGGAGACAAUCACUACAGGCUGAUUGUUAACGGAGAAGUUGAGCGAUAUGCGCCGGAUCAGAGAUAUGUCGUGACUCUGGUCGGUUCCCGCACUCAUGACGUAGUACAACAGUUUGCGGGCUUCAAAAUAAUCCUUGAUCCUUUGAACCCGGACACAAGGAGGGCGCCCAGCAAACAGGGACAGUUCCAGCUCUUCGCCGAUACUUUAACUAAGUUCGACGAAGAAUGUACGAACUCCGUUGUCGAGGCUGACGAUCUGCCCAAAACUGAAGUCCAGGUCAUGUGGAAAGCGCCACCGGCUGGUUCAGGAUGCGUGCUUUUGAAGGCGAUGGUGUAUGAAAAUGCGAGUCGUUGGUUCGCUGAAGACGGUCAGUUGACCAAACGAAUCUGCGAGGACACGUCUCUGUCCAUCCCCGACUGCUGCGCCUGCGACGACGCUAAAUAUAGGAUGGUGUUCGAGGGGCUCUGGUCUCCGCAGACACAUCCAAAGAACUUCCCGACCCAAGCUCUGUGGCUAACUCACUUCUCUGACGUCAUCGGAGCCACUCAUCCUAAGAAUUUCACUUUCUGGGGCGAAGGACAGCUCGCUUCAGACGGAUUUAGAUCUCUGGCGGAAUGGGGUUCAGUAGGUCUGAUGGAGCGUGAACUUCGUCAACACGGAGGUCUGCUCCGGUCCAUCGUCAAGGCCCAGGGUCUGUGGCAUCCGAGGGUCAAUUCCAAUACUUCUGCUGCCUUCACUGUUGACAAAAAGAGGCAUUACCUCUCUCUUGCUUCUAUGUUUGGUCCAUCUCCUGACUGGGUGGUGGGAGUGAGUGGACUGGACCUCUGCCAGAAAGAUUGCUCCUGGGUUGAAUCUAAGAUUAUCGACUUGUAUCCUUACGACGCUGGCACAGACAAUGGCGUCUCUUACAUGUCGCCCAAUUCUGAGACCGUACCCCGGGAAAGGAUGUACCGCAUCACCCCCAUGUUCCCCGAGGACCCUCGUGCUCCGUUCUACGACCCCGACUCCAAGACGAUGGCUCCGAUGGCCAGACUCUACCUCACCAGAGAAAAAUUAAUUUCCAAAUCUUGUGACGAGGAAACUCUUUUAGCUCUCGUCGCUGAAGAGGAAGAGAACACGCAGACGGUCGAUAAACCGCAAUGUGCGGUGACGGAGUGGAGCGCGUGGUCGGAGUGCUCCGUGAGCUGCGGCAAGGGGCUCCGCAUGAGGACGCGCCAGUACCGCCUGCCCGACAAGGCGCGCAUGUUCUCCUGCGACCGCCAGCUCGUCUCCAAGGAGAUGUGCGUCGCGCCCGUCGCCGAGUGCGACGGUGACGGCGAAGGUGACUCGGAGGCCGACAGCGUGGGCACCCCGGUGGAGGACCUGGACGGAGUGUGCAAGACCUACGACUGGGGCUCGUGGAGCGAGUGCUCCGUCACGUGCGGCGUCGGCAUCAGCACCAGGAGACGACAGUUCGUCAACCACAUGGGACUGAAGAAAUGUCCGCUUGUGCAGAUCGAAGAGAACCGCAAGUGCAUGGAGCCGGCGUGCGCGGAGGAGGAGGCGGCGGCGGCGGCGGACCCGCGCUGCCCCACGUCGGCGUGGUCGGGCUGGUCGCCGUGCUCGGCGUCGUGCGGGCGCGGGGUGCGCUUCCGCACGCGGCUGCUGCUGGUGCCGGCCGACCAGCAGGCCGCGUGCGCCGCCGCCGUGGAGCUGCUGCAGCAGCGGCCCUGCUCCGACCGGGACGACUGCACCAUCGACAUGCUCACCGCCAAACGCAUAUGUAUGGAGGAACCCACUCAAGGGCCGUGCAGAGGACUGUACCAGCGCUGGGCCUUCGUGGCCAUGAAGGGGAUGUGCAUUCCCUUCAACUACGGCGGAUGUCGCGGCAGCCAGAACAACUUCCUCACGCAAGAAGACUGUAUGAACACUUGCAAGAUUAUGCUCGGUGGAGUAGUGCCGGGGGGAUCAGUGCCUUCGCCGGCACUUCUACCGUCGCCCGUCGUCAGUUCCAACUAUCCAGGACUCAGUAUCAGCUCCAUUGUGCCUCUUUCUAACGGUGUUGGUGGUCCUACCCUGACGGGAAGUCCAGGAGACUGUCAGGUGAGCCAGUGGAGCGACUGGAGCAAGUGCAGCCAGCCCUGCGGAGUCGGCUACCAGGAGCGCGUCAGGACUAUUCUUGCACAGCCCGGCCCGGGAGGAGUGCCGUGUCCGAAGCUAAUGUCGCGGCGCCGACGGUGCUUCAGGCGGUGUUAAGUACACACACAAAUAAAUGAAAAUUAUUAUUUAGAUUAUGAACUUACCAGAAUUUUAUUUUUUAUUUUUCUUAAGAUUUAUAUUUUAUGUUAAGACACUAAUUAUUAUAGUGUAAUCGUGUCUACUUAAUCGAAAUAUUUUCUAUGCUUUUUGUAUUGUUUCCGAUAAAUACAAAAUAAUACGCAGA